AUGGUGUCGAGGCUGAGGGGUUUCUUUCAUUCGCUUCAUAGCCUCCACCGCCGACAGGUUGCAGUAUUCGCCUUCCAAAAGUCACAACAUCCACAGGAUACGAUAGCCGCCAUGAAGAACUACUCGUUGGUGUCCUUUCUUAUUAUAGCAACCUUUGGUAUCGGCCUGAUCCUUGGAGUCGAUGCAAACGGGAACAACACUGGAGUUCACAAAACUGAGGCUAUUGCAAAAAAUAGUCCGAUUAAAAGUAGUCCGAUUAGCAAGCCCGCGGCUUCUAUCGCAAAUGGCAAGGGCGUAGGUGCCCCUCCGGCCCCUCCUGCCACAGAAAGUAAUACCAAUGGAACUGCCUCCGCUGCGACUGCCACUGUAACCAACAACAAUAAUGGGACCGCCACUUCAGCACCAAUUGCUAACAACACCUUGGCUUCAAACGGAACUGCCACGAUCGAACAUCCCACCAAUGUGUCUGCCUCUUCAGGGACAAAUGUAAACAUUACGGUUACACCCGGAAAUUCUACAGAAGGAGUUACCACCAAUGUGAUCGACCCUUCAAAGCCAAAUGCUAACAACACCUUGGCUUCAAACGGAAAUGCAACGAGCGAACGUCCCACUAAUGUAACUGCCUCUUCGGGGUCAAAUGUUAACAAUACUAUGGUUACACCCGGAAAUUCUACAGGAGGAACUGCACCCAAUCCUUCCGAAAAUCCUGCAAGCGGAGGCACCACCAUUAAGACCACCUCUUCAGGACCAAAUGUUAACCAAACCACUUCCGGAAAUAAACCAAGCCAAGGUGGCAUUCCAGUGGCAGCGUGGGUUGGCAUCGGACUUCUAAUCGGGAUAGUCGUUAUAGUGGUUGUGUACCUUUCAUACCCAAAACUCGUGGAGUACAAGGAUAGAUGGUGCAACGGCAUGUAA